UUGAGGAGCUAGGCUGAAUAUGGCUCUAUCAAGGGGGCUAAGAUGCUGUCAGAGGAUAUUCUCCUGGAUACCUGUCGUAAUCAUAUCGUCUGUGGUGCUAUGGUCUUAUUACGCAUAUGUUUUUGAGCUAUGUUUUUUUACUCUUAGCAAUACGCUGGAAAAGGCGGCAUAUAUUUUAGUAUUCCAUGUGUGCUUUGUGAUGUUCUGUUGGACGUACUGGAAAGCCAUCUUCACCCCACCAGCCACUCCCUCUAAGAAGUUUCAUAUGUCCUACACAGACAAAGAGCGGUAUGAGAUGGAGGAAAGACCAGAUGCUCAAAAGCAGAUCCUUGCAGACAUUGCAAAGAGACUCCCCAUAUUUACUCGAGCACAAUCAGGAGCUAUCAGGUUCUGUGAUAGGUGCCAGGUGCUUAAGCCCGACCGCUGUCAUCACUGCUCUGUUUGCGAAACGUGUGUCCUGAAAAUGGAUCAUCACUGCCCGUGGGUAAACAACUGUGUUGGCUUCUCCAACUACAAGUACUUCCUGUUGUUCCUGUCCUACUCCAUGUUCUAUUGUGUAUUCAUCGCGUCAACCGUGUUCCAGUAUUUCCUGAAAUUUUGGAUGGGUGAGCUUCCAAACGGACCUGCGAAGUUCCACGUAUUGUUCCUUUUAUUUGUGUCUGUCAUGUUCUUCGUCAGCCUCUUGUUCCUCUUUGGCUACCACUGCUGGCUCGUGGCUAAGAACCGGUCCACUUUAGAGGCUUUCUCUGCGCCCAUGUUUCAGGGAGGCCCAGACAAACAUGGCUUCAACGUGGGCACGCGUCGCAAUCUCCAGCAGGUCUUUGGCGAAGACAAACGGCUCUGGUUCAUUCCGGUGUUCACAAGUCAGGGCGACGGUCACUAUUUCCCCAUGCGGAGCCUGAGCUACUCCGAAUCCCACAAUCCUUUGCUAGCCAAUGAGGAGAAGUGGGACGAUGAGGAGGACGACGAGGAGGACGAUGAGGAGCAGCUUGAGCGACGGGGUAGAGGAGGAGGAGGAGGAGGAGGAUCGGAUGAAGAGGGCACAGAUGGUCCAGAUGACCCUUCGGUUACCAUAGAGAUUGAUUCAUAGCUGCCUCUGCAAUCCUACCUACCGUAUUUUCUGGACUCUUCGGGUUGGCCUCCUUCACCUGUGAAGAGUCGUAGGAGGUGGGGGACACAGAUGGAAGCCCAAGCAAUUUACGCGUGGCUCCCGGUCAAACCGCUGCACCCACCGUGGAGCCAAACAUGCAAAAGGACUGUUCCAGUUGUGUUCUGUUUUCCUGACAUUGUGGCACUCAUUUUAAUGUAACUCAAGACUCUCUUAUCACCCCGAUUUAACAUGUUCAACAUUACACUUAUUUUCUGUUGAGUUGGAGGAUGUACAGGCAUCGUGGUGGACAAUCGGAUAAUCAUUGGUCAUCUGUGAGGGGCUUAUCUGUGCUUGCCUCACUCCCUUGUACCAUUUCCCUCUGUCUGUGGGGUGUGUGUGUCUUUAUCCUAACUAGACUUGUUUGAAGGGGAAUGCCAAUAUUGCAUAACUGUGUGUCAUCUCUGAUCAAAAAUCCCGAGUCAGUUGAGGUCAGUUGCCUUUGUACACAGGCCUGAAGCACAUAUCAGCCUGCCAGCCUGCUCUGGUGGGGAGAACCUCUCUCUUUCUUUCUUUCUUUCUUUCUUUCUUUCUUUCUCUCUCUCUGGUUGUGUCAUGUUCAGAUUGUUUAACAGAGGUUGCCUAAGCAUGGUACUGACUGCACAGUGUAAAAGACAAACAAAUGUGUUUAUAUGGUGUGUGUAAGCCUAAGUCUUUCAGGGGGAUAAAAAGGAAUGCACAAAUCAGACAUCAGCAUCCUGCAUCACAAUUGGAUAAGUGCCGCUUGGUGUGGUAAUUGCAUUGCUUAUUUGAUUGGUAAAUCAUUGCUCUGUAUUGCAAUACCUUAAUGGUCAGAUUUUUGGAGUAGCCUCUAUAAUUUCAGCCACGCACAUGCAAACUGGAGAGACUGAAAGUGGUCCCUGUAUAACGCGACAGUGUGAAUGACGCUUGUCCAGCCUUGGCUCUAACUCUUAAAGGUGCAGUCCGUAAUUCAGUUUUGCAAAAUCUUCCCUUCCGUGCUCCAGAUGCAUCACUGGCUGAGGCAGUCUAUGGCUUGAUCAGAGCCAUUGUGUGUGUGUUUUCCAUUUUCACAGCCAGGACUGUGCGUCUUAACACAAACACUAAGCAGACAAUGGAUCAUGAGGAGCAAUUCACUGAAUUUGACCUGAAUAGUUGAGACUGCAGACUGCACUUUUGACAGACUUACGGCCUCUACACACAGUUGCGUGCGUUGCAGUGCUGGAGACGCAUCCCAUUCACUUUACAUGGGCUCACGUCAUCCGCGUCGAACUGAAUUGUGGGUCCGU